UGUGCCCCCCAGGCUAAGACCCUCAGGAAGCUCAUCCAGCAGACGUUUAAGCAGUUUGCCAACAUGAACGAUGAGCAGAGCAUCCUGCAUUUCCUGUCCAUCCUGGCCCCCGUGCAGCACUUCCACCAGGAGUACUUCACCUGCGCCCUGGGAUCUAGCUGGGUGAUCCAGGUGGAGCUUGCCAUCGGACCAGAGGAAGGCAUCAGCUACCUGACAGACAAAGGCUCCACGCCGACCCACCUGGCUAACUUCUCCCAGGUUCAGUCCAUCCAGUACUCAUGCCUGGAGGACAGGGACAGGAAGGGCAUGCUGCAGCUGAAUGUGGCCGGGGCCGCGGAGCCCUUGACAGUGACCACCUCCUCCUUCACCACAGCUGAGAACAUGGCUGACCUGAUCGACGGGUACUGUCGCCUCUUCAACUCAGCCUCCCAGACCUUCAUCAUACGCCCUCAGAAAGAGGGAGAGCGAGCCCUGCCAUCCAUCCCCAGACUAACCAAUCAUGAGAAGAGGAUUGAGGUGGUGAGGACCAUCUCUGUCUCAGACUUUGUGACACGGGCGUCACCUAAGCCACCCAAAGCGCGUCGCUUCCUCUUCCCAUUUGUCCUCUGCUCACAUGACUCUCCACACAAGGAAGACCUUAGUGGGGAUGAGACAGACGACUAUGCUGAGAUCAUAGACGAAGAGGACACCUAUACGAUGCCCUCCAUCAGCUAUGGAGUAGACGAAGCGAGGGACUACGAGAUCCAGAGGGACAGGGUGGAGCUGGGGCGCUGCAUCGGGGAGGGUCAGUUUGGAGACGUCCACCAGGGGGUCUACAGCAGCACGGAGGACCCAGCUCUGUCUGUGGCCAUCAAGACGUGUAAGAACUGCACCUCCGACAGCGUGAGGGAGAAGUUCCUCCAGGAAGCACUGACCAUGCGCCAGUUCGACCACCCCUACAUCGUGAAGCUGAUUGGCGUGAUCACGGAGAACCCUGUGUGGAUCAUCAUGGAGCUGUGCACCCUGGGGGAGCUGCGUUCCUUCCUGCAAGUGAGGAAGUACAGUCUGGAGCUGUCCACCCUCAUCCUGUUCUCCUACCAGCUCAGCACCGCCCUCGCUUACCUGGAGAGCAAACGCUUUGUACACAGGGACAUUGCCGCCAGGAAUGUUCUGGUAGCUUCCGUAGACUGUGUGAUGCUCGGAGACUUUGGUCUAUCUCGCUACAUGGAGGACUGCUCGUACUACAAAGCCUCCAAGGGCAAGCUGCCAAUCAAAUGGAUGGCCCCGGAGUCAAUCAACUUCAGACGCUUCACCUCAGCCAGCGACGUUUGGAUGUUUGGUGUGUGUGUGUGGGAGAUCCUCAUGUACGGCAUCAAGCCCUUCCAGGGGGUGAAGAACAACGACGUGAUUGGUCGGAUUGAGAAUGGCGAGCGAUUGGCCAUGCCCCCGCAGUGCCCGCCCACCCUCUAUAGCCUCAUGACCAAGUGCUGGUCCUACGACCCCAGCAAGAGACCCCGCUUCACCCAGCUCAAAACCCAACUCAGCACCAUCCUAGAGGAGGAGAAGGCCCAGCAGCAGGAGAGAGUGAGGACAGAGAUCAGGAGGCAGAUCACAGUCAGCUGGGACUCUGGAGGCUCUGAGGAGGCCCCUCCCAAGCCCAGCAGACCAGGAUAUCCCAGUCCGCGCUCCAGUGAAGGUUUCUACCCCACCCCGCAACACGCCGGACAGCACAACCACCACCAGGGGUACCCCAGCCCCCAUGCGCUGCCCCCCCAGUCUGGGGGAGGCUACCAGGCUUCUCUCCUGGACCCCCUCGAUGUCUGGUCCCCCCACCGGCCCCAGGAUGCCCCCGUGUGGUCUUCCAACAUGGAGGAGGAGAGGUUGAUCCAGCAGCAGCAUCAGAUGGACGAGGACCAGAAGUGGCUGGAACAGGAGGAGAGCCUCCAGAAGCUCGAGUCCAGGAACUCUGGAGGCAGCAUGGAGGAUGCCACUAACACAAUGGGUAGCCAGCACAUCUACCAGCCUAUUGGAAAACCAGAGCAUGUGGCCCCCCCUAAGAAGCCCCCUAGACCGGGGGCCCCCAACACUCUGGCCAGCCUCAACCCUGCGGACAGCUACAACCAGGGAGUCAAGAUUCAGCCGCAAGAGAUAAGCCCGCCCCCCACAGCCAAUCUGGAUCGCUCUAACGACAAGGUGUAUGAGAAUGUAACGGGAUUGGUCAAGGCCGUGAUUGAGAUGUCCAGUAAGAUCCAGCCGGCCCCCCCUGAGGAAUAUAUCCCCAUGGUGAAGGAGGUGGGUUUGGCUCUGAGGACUCUGCUGGCGACCGUAGACGAGACCAUCCCUGUGCUUCCUGCCAGCACUCACAGAGAGAUCGAGAUGGCCCAGAAGCUGCUGAACUCUGACCUGGCGGAGCUGAUCAGCAAGAUGAAGCUGGCCCAGCAGUACGUGCUCACCUCUCUGCAGCAGGACUACAAGAAGCAGAUGCUGACAGCCGCCCACGCGCUCGCCGUCGACGCCAAGAACCUCCUGGAUGUCAUCGACCAGGCCCGGCUGAAGAUCCCCGCCCAGACUCACCCUCACUAGCCCCGCCCCCCCGUCACCACUGGGACGUCCAGGAAACAGCUGAGAUUGACAGACUGCUCAUCGACCUGGACACUUGUGGGACAGUCAUCCCCC